CGUGUGUCAACUAUAGUCUAGUAAGGAAGUUUCUAAAGCGCAUGUCUAGUUGACUAAAGCACUCGAACGAAGCUUAGUUUGGUGUAUUAGUUUAAAAAUGGCCGUAUGCAACAGGUCAAACAUCGAACUUUUAGCAAUUUUUGAAUUAUUCUUUGAUGAGUAUGAAGAGGAAAUUUACUUCUUUGAACACUUAUGCUACAACAAAUUGUUUCGUCUUUUAACUCGUACAUCAAGAGACAGUGUGCCGAAAAUCAAUAACUACAUGGAAGUGGUGGACCAAAUGAGUACAGUAGAAAAUAUCGACGAUUUCAAAUUUCAUUACAGAAUGUGUAAACAGACUUUUGAAGUUAUAUUGGCAGAAAUUGCGCUUGAUCUAAUACAUUACAACACCGGUGGUAAUGUACCUAUUUCACCUGACAGACAACUACUGGUUUUUCUUAAUUAUGUUGGAAAUCAGCAUUCCAUGAGAAAUUGUGCACACUUUUUCGGAAUGUCCAAGGCCACUGUUCAUGAUAUUAUAAACCGUGUAAUCAAUUCAUUGCUGAAACUGCGUACACGUAUAAUUCGUUGGCCGUCACCGGACAGACAGAGAGAAAUUGGAAGAGACGUUCAUGAAAAGUAUGGUAUUCCCGGAGUAGUAGCUAGGCUUUUUAGACGAACAAAAUGGAUCCGUAGAACCAACUGGGAUAGCGGAAACAAGUGUCUAAAGGGGGAGGGGGUGAUUUUUGGGAAAACAGAAGCUAACAUGGAAAUACAAGUGUAA